AUCACCGGGUGGAUAUAGCCUCGUUUUCGGCGCAAUUGUCGCCAGUGUGGGAAGAACUCUUACGAAAAGUUGCGCAAACAUCGCCAAAUUUGGUCUGCAAAGACCAAUUUGGGGGUCAACCAGAGGCAAACCGAACGUUGCAAGUGCUACAUAGCACACUUUGAGCCUAUUCCAGGCUCAGUUUUGCGAAUACUUCGUUUAAAAAAUUGUAUUAAAAAAUCGGUCAGAAUCUAGCAGAUCGGUUUGUUUAUUUUUGAUUGCAACAUGGAGUGCUGAUCAGCUUCGCCAUGUCUCAUCUAGUGAUUGUCCACCAAGUUUUACCUCCUUUUGGAGUUGCUGUGCCGACAGUAAGCUCAACAUUGUCUGCAUCCGUUGUGGAUGUCAGAACCGAAAGAGAUGGAGAAGAAUAUUGCUUUGAAUCGUUCUGCCUGUGGUGUGUCCAAAAUUCCAUCUGAGCCGAAAAAAGACAAUGGCCGUGGUAAUGGAAAUGGGCAAUCCUUUCACAAGAAGAGAGAAUCUUCAUUGUCUAAGGCGGGCCCUGAUGCUGGUGUCCAGCGUAAGAGCAACCCACAGAGGUCCAGAGGCUUCACUGAUAAGAGACCUCGAAGCAGCAAGGAUGGCAGCUGGACAGGCAGACGUGAUGAGGUGACAAAGUCCCAGAGGGCAGAGUUUGGCUCUGCCCUGUCAGGUGGGCCUAAGAAGAUGAACCUGAAUCAUCUCAUCAAUUUCACCAUGGCACCUAGAGAGUCCUCCAUGGACAACAGAGGGCCAGGGGGUUGGAGAGGCCGCAAUAAAUGGGCACAUCGCUACCCCAAGUAUAACAAGGAGCAGUUUCUGCAGGCAAAUUGUCAGUUUGUGGUCAAGGCUGCUAAUGAUUACACUCUGCAGUGUGUGGACUCGGAUAAGUUGGUCGAGUGGGAUCUUAUUGAGCAAGUGAGGAUUCUGAGUCCGGAGGUACCGUCCUGUCCUAUUUGCCUGUACCCACCAACUGCAGCCAAGAUCACCCGUUGUGGCCAUAUUUACUGCUGGACCUGCAUGCUGCAUUACUUGGAACUCGGUGAGAAGACUUGGAGAAAGUGCCCCAUCUGUUACGAAGCAGUGCAUCAAAAAGAUCUGAAAAGUGUUGUUGCCAAGGAAACCCAUGGUUACAGUCGGGGUGAUGAGAUAACGUUUCGUCUCAUGAAACGAGAGAAGGGCUCAGUCAUCACACAGCCACACUCUACCAGAGAGUAUGGCAAGCUAUUCACCAUUGAAGAUGAUCCGACUGUCACGUGCAUGGUCAAGUUAUUGUUAGCUUCACCAGAGCAAGUCCGAGAGAAGAUAAUUGAACCGGAGAGGGCAGCAUUAGAGGCUCAACUGCAGGAAAGGAACGGGGAACUAGAAGAUAGUUUCACUGAAGCAGCUCUGAGGAUGAUCAAGGAAAGAGAGGAAAGUAUUUACAAAGUGCACAAGAUUGAGGCAUUGGCUUCUCAUAUUGUUGGUCUGAAUCUGAAAGACGAUACUGAAAGGCAGGAUGUUGAUGAGCCAGUACCUAUGAUGUCGCCAUCUUGUAAGAAUUACAAGCAUUAUUCCUCUGCCUUCUCUGAUGAAGAGUUGGAUCUGGCAGAAGAUCAUGAUCCGAAUCGUCAAAGUCAAGGAUUCACGGUUGAGGAGCCGUUUGAGGACAUCGCAGUGUCCCCUGCUCCCAAACAGGAUUCUGGGAAGGAUGAGGCCAUCAAUGCAGCUGGUGAAGCCGUGGCAAGGCAUCAGUCACCAGGCCUGAUCGCUGAGGAGAUGGGCGUGACUGAAGGAGGUUCUGAGGAGGACACUGAGAAGGUUGGUGAGGAGCAUUACACCUCUGCCUCAUCUAGCCCAGAGGAUCAAGCCAGAGCAACAGGAGGCAGUGCUAACGGCAAGGAUCAUGUCUACUACUUCUAUCAAGCUGAAGAUGGCCAGCAUCUGUAUCUACACUCACUGAAUGUUCGCUGCUUGAUCCGCGAGCAUGGAAGCUUUGCUCAGUGCCCAGAGAGAAUCACAGCUAAGAUUGUAGAGGUGGAACACAUGUCAAUGAAUGAGGCACUCCGUCGCCGUCUGCGUUAUCUUUUCCACCUUCCACUGACCUGUGACUUUGGAAUUUGUGAGCUGGAAUUCAAACCACCGUUGGUUUCCAAGGCAACCCUGCAAUACUUUGCAGGAGAUUUCCAGCAAAGGAAAAAAGCACGGGAGAGGAAAGUCCGCAAUGAGAAGAAACAAGAGCGCAAGAUGCAACUCAAGGAGAACAAGAGAAACGGCAAAUAUGUUCCUCCAAAGUUCUCCUUGCAAAGCAGCAUCCAGUUCCCCUCCUUUGGUGUAGACUCUGUACCAGGGGAUGUUUCUUACGUCAUCUCUGAGACAUCAUCCAGUGUAACCUCACUAGACUCGCCAGCAUCUUCGUCAGUUGGUUCACCCACAAGUCUUAGCCAGGAGGAGACUGCAUAUGGAAGUCUGGCCCAAGCAUCUGGGCAUUGUGGACUUGGCUCAGAUAGUACAGGUGGUCCAUCGCCUGUCAUUGGAAGCUGGGCAUCAGCUGCCAGUGCAGAGGAGCACACAGCCUCCUGUCCAUCGUUUGCACAGAUGUUGCGUGAAGGUAAAACUCGAGCAGAGACUAGUAACUGGCCUAAGAUGGAAAAGGCAGGGGGAGCCAGAAGCCUGACUGACAAGCCACCAGGAGAGAUCAGAAAAGCAUCAGGCCCAGGCCCCGAUGGUAGUGACGACAGCUCUAAUGAAGACUAUGUCCCAAUUCCUCAAUACAAAGAUGCAUUCAGUGAUGCUAUACAAGCUGCAUUGGACAAGGCUGCCAUACAGGCAGCUAGUCAUAAGACAGAUGAUGAUGUGACUUCAUCUCCUGGCUCUUCCAAGCGAGGCAAGAAAGGAAAGAAGAAACAACUGCUCUUUUCCACAGCUGGCCCACGUUUCAAAUGAGACCUUAAAGACAUCAAAUCUUGUCUUUAAGAGUUAGUUUGUAAAUUGGCGCAGGGAAGGGAAAUAAACAUGGGUGUGAAAGUGGCUACUGAGGGGCAGUACAAAAUGACACGGCAGACACAAGGUAUAAUGCCAUAAACAAAAGUGGCAACAAGAUGGAGCUGCUGUUUCAUAUAUGUAGCUUCUGUGAGCAGGCUAAAAGAAAACUUCUGAUGUAUAGAUUUUAAAUGAAGUUGCUUCAUGGCUUUCAUUCUUUCAUUUGGACAUUUGUGGUUUUCCACAAUGUUUGAUAUCAAAAUACAUGUAGCUGUUUACAAGUUUUACUGAUUUUUCGGCAAGAAGUUUGAUAACAAAUUGGUUGAUUUCCCACUGGAAUUAUUGCUUUUUUGUUGUCCCUUAUUUGAAAGAAUGGCAGCUAGACACAAGUUAUAAUAAUAUAUUGGGAGCUUCAAUAAAAAAUAAAAAUUAUAGUAAUAUUGUAGAAACAAAUCCUCUCGAGUUGCAUUUGUACCAUGAACAUUAUAUUAUGGUUUGCCAUUUGGAGAUAACAGAGGAUGUGAUUUUCCA